UAUGUGUGCUUUGUUAUGAGUCUUUCAGAAUUGUAAAGGAUUUCAGGAAUAUUGUUUCGGUCUAUCUGAAAGUAACUUCCAUUGGCAGACGUGCAGAGUUCGCCUGCUGGCCUUGGACCUACUUACAUUAAAUAUUUGUUUGUGCUCUCACAGUCAAAGAGUUUUGAUUAUAUUGGGAGCAUCAAGCACGUUGCUAUUCAUUCUUGAGAUCCACCUACUUACAACUGUAAGUCACUGAACUGUAGCAGAGAACAGCCGAUUGAAGAAGAGGAACACUCUUCAUCUACCUUUCAUCUACACACGUCCCAACGAAAUCUAUAGAAAUUUCUCGAUGUCUAUAAUAAUAUUUGUGUCAGUAGGAAGGCUUGUGUGAUUAGUUUUACUUUCUUAUGAGCUGUUUUAAAUACAGCGAACAAAAGUAAUUAUAGCAGUCUUUUAAUUUAUUUCUUUUUCUCGAGGCUACAACCUACAUUUUCUCUAAAAAAAUGCGCUGUAAAUAAAGUUGUUAAAAUGAACUACAUAAUUAUCCCUAAACAGCAAAAGAUUGUGCUCUUGAGAGCACCAUUUGACCAAAGUAAAAGCAAAUCAAAUUAUAAAAACGAGAAACGGUAAGAAUUAUGAUCGACGAUGAUAUUAACAAAAUUAGCAUAAGAACCAUUUCAAAGUCAGUGUUUAUCAACUUACUAACUUCCAUAAAAACAGCUGCCACUUACUGUGUUGAUAACAAUUCGGCUUAGGAGAAUAAGAGCAUUUUCAAUCGGAAAUCUUGAUAAGAAUUGCAGAAACUGACAAUUUCGACGAAUGACAAAAAAGCAAAAAUUUAAGAAGUUGAAAAAUUAGGAUAUAGAAUGAUGUAAAUUUUAAAGGAAAUGAAAUAAAAUAUUAAAAAAUUCCUAUCCUUUGAGAUUCAAAUCUCAGCCAGAUCAGAAAUCGCUGUAAGAGCGGUAAUUGAUGAUAAAAAAACACUUAACAUCAUUUUCCAAAACUUUCCAUUAACUGAAACACCAUGGAAAACAUAUUAAUUUUGGUUUGUGUCCUAGGGUUAAUCAUAACCUGUCAGAGCAUUUUAGAUUUAAGUGUUUAGACUUAGACAAAACAAUUUUGUCACGGUCUGUCAAAUGAUUGGUCAGAUGAUAUUCAAUCAUCCGGGCUUGUUUUAUUUCAGAGUCUUUUGACCAAUCAGUGGUUAUCUCUCAGACCUUUUACCUGAGCACUACCGGAAUAAAGCAAGCAAAUGCCUCUCGGAACUAAUUUGCUUCAAGCUGAAACUAUAAAGUUGAUUUCUGGGGUUGUCUCGUUGUAUAAUGAGUGUUAAAACGUUAAAAGGAUAAAUAGAAAUCAGUGAGUUUGAAAAAUUGAGACUUCAAGAGGACAGUUUUGUUCUAUCAUCAUUACUAAAGCGAAAAUCUCGUCGCACCAGCAGUUGUAACGAUAGCGACAUUCCACAUUCGCUGCGACUGGAAAGACUUACAUUUUAAAAUUAUCCGUCCUAACGUAAAACAGCUGCAUAUUAUCUCAUUUAAAAUCUGAGGUAAGGAGUAUUUCUUCAACGAUCGAUUAUCGUGUUUCGGUUAUCGCAAUUUUACAGUGCUUUUGAUCCGCAGAAUACAUCAAAGUCAGUUGAACUUGCAGAGCACAAGAUGGUAUUUGGUGGUCCAUUGGAAUGCCGAAAUUCGACGGCACCUCCAACGCUUUCUUUCUUCUCAUCUGCUGUUUCUUCACUACUUAUGCUGAUAACAGUUCCAGGGAAUCUUCUCAUUUGUUUAGCAGUUGCUAAAGAUCCUUACAAGACACUCAGAUCACCCUUCAAUCUAUUUCUGUUGAACAUUUCAGCAGCGGAUCUUGUGGUGGGUUUACUCGUUCUGCCAUUGUCCAUAGCGUUUCACUUUCUGGAAGGAAUAGGUAUCAUGUUCGCUCCACUGAUCAAAUCUUUGCAUCUUUCCUUCUUCAUUUCAUGUUCAGCUUCUGUAUUGGGCAUCGCAGCUUUGAGUUUGGAUCGUUAUAUUUGUGUUACAUCUCCCAUGAAAUACCGCUUGAAGCUGAAAUCUUUGCAAGUUAAGAGGGCAUCGCUAAUCAUUUGGCUAAUAUCUGUGGUUUGUCCCAUCACGUAUCUGUAUGUUGACUUUAUAAUAUACACCUUUGUGUUCGCCAAUGGAACUCUUCUUUUUACACUCCUGGUUUUAGCCUUUGUAAACCACAAGAUUCACCGCAGUCUCCAAAUUCAACGAAAACAGCUUCAAGCUCUCGCGGACGGCAAGGAUUUUCAGACGACAGUAGCCAAGCGCGAUGCAAGAGUUACAAAAACAUUCCUAUUCUUUCUUGCCUCAUUCAUAGUCUUAACCGUUCCUCCCUUGUCGUUCAGCUAUGUGUUAAACUUCUGCUCAACGUGCAGCUGCAAAACAAUCCAUAUUCUAAGAGAUUUUCAGUUCCUCUCGAUAUUAUUUCCCAGUUCAGUAAAUCCUUUUAUUUACGCUAUAAGGCUGCCAAACUUCAGAAGAGCCAUAGCAGUGAUAUGUUCCACAAUCUCAAAAUACCAAUUUUUCUCAACGAACCCUGGACAACAAAUGUGUGAAUCUAUCUCCAGUGAAGUGCUCGAUAGACAGUUUAGAACGAUUUCCAAAUCCUCACUCGAACAGCCAGAACCAGUGGGCCUGUUCAAAGCUGAUGCAUCUGGAAGGGAAAAAGACGUAAAAAUUGACGGAACAAAAAACGCUGAGCGAUGGAGCAGCAGUGACACAGUUUUCUAUGAGGAUCAUUUUAGCGAAAAUAAGUUGCACUCGGAAAGAGAUUUUUAUGGGAGGAGUCAAUCUCCACGCCAAGAAAGAAUUAGUAUCUCACAGUUCUACAAGGUUACAACAGUUGUAUGAGACCGCAUACCUGAUAUAAAGCAAACUAGAAGAUGAUGAUAAUGCUAACGAUGAUCGAGAUGGCAGAAUUGAUUAAUGUCUGUAAACAUACGGCAGACAGAUAUUAUCGUUAGGAACAAAUUA